GAGGGGUCAAGGGUCACGUCCCCUGUCACGUGACUUUGCAAGCAGCUGAUCUGAGGGAGACAAACUGGAGGAUCCAGAGUGAAAAAAUUAAUCAACAAGAGGAAGACUGGGGCUUAUGGCCUGCUGAAGGUCACUGGAUACUCCUCGUAGAUUUAGAGGAUUUUCUUCCUCUUUUCCACCAGCUGUUGGAUUAUUUCCCCACCCCCUUCCUCCUCUCCGAAUAACCAAACAUGUCAGGCAAGGAAAGGAUUGAGAUCUUUCCAUCGCGGAUGGCACAAACUAUUAUGAAGGCCCGCUUGAAAGGUGCUCAGACUGGUCGCAACUUAUUGAAGAAAAAGUCUGAUGCUCUUACACUGCGUUUCAGACAAAUCCUGAAAAAGAUUAUAGAGACUAAGACACUGAUGGGUGAGGUCAUGAGGGAAGCAGCCUUUUCCUUAGCUGAAGCCAAAUUCACUGCUGGAGACUUCAGCACUACUGUGAUCCAGAACGUGAACAAGGCACAAGUUAAGGUCCGAGCUAAAAAAGACAACGUAGCAGGUGUUAUACUACCAGUGUUUGAACAUUACCAGGAAGGAGGAGACAGUUAUGAGUUGACUGGCUUGGCCAGAGGUGGAGAACAACUGGCUAAACUCAAGAGAAAUUAUGCAAAAGCAGUGGAGCUUCUGGUUGAACUGGCAUCACUGCAGACUUCCUUUGUGACACUGGAUGAAGCCAUUAAAAUUACCAAUAGGCGUGUAAAUGCAAUUGAACAUGUGAUAAUUCCUCGGAUAGAGCGCACAUUGUCCUAUAUCAUAACUGAGUUGGAUGAGCGAGAAAGGGAGGAAUUUUACAGAUUGAAAAAGAUUCAGGAAAAGAAAAAGCAGUUGAAAGAGAAGAAAGACAAAGAACAGGAGGGUCAGAUGCUAAAACAUGCCAGCGCACCAGCCAACCUGCUUGAAGAAGAAAAGGAUGAGGACCUGCUGUUUGACUAAUGUUACUCUGGCUUUAGUUGCCUGUUAUUCAUUGAAAUAGCAAGCAUUUUGGGCUUGACUAUUAACACUUGUGAUGUAUUUGUAUAUUUGUCAUAUUUAAUGCAAGUGGUUUGACCUGCCAACCCAGGUGACUGUCAGAUGAAUGCUGUGUUUUGCAGGUUCACGGUUUUUUAUUUUACAUGUAAACAAUUGAUUUCUCGCAUGUUGUCAUCAGUGCCUGUGGGGUCAUAAAUGUUUUCCAACUACCUAAUUAUUCACUGUGUUAAAAAUUGCUCGGAGUCAAUAAAGUACAUUCCCUUGCACAUUUUGAGUCUGCACUAGAUGGGUCAAUAAUAGUUUGGAAGAUUUCAUUUAAAAUGUAACUGAAUACCCAUUUAUUGAGAAUUAUCAUUAGAUAGGGCAAUAUGCAACCUAUAUUAUACCAUUCAGUAUAAUUCAUUCCUUUUCACUAUGCAGCAAUUGAUUAUUUUUAAAUAGCCAUUAAUAAGUGUUAAAUCCGCUUUUAGUGAGCCCUCUAUAUACUCCGGUUCAUGUGUUCUCUUUCCCAAAACCAUAUUAACUUGCCUGUUGGCUGGGAGGGGAGAACAUGGAUAAAGUGUGUAUAUUGUUAAACUAAGACUUGUACAAUAUGACAUGGUUUAUUGGGAAGGUCCCCUGUGAAAUCAGUCAACUCCAAGAAUGGUAGCCCUCCUUAACCCUUAACAGUUGAUUAUUUGAUCAGUGGGAGGGGGAAGGUUAAAGAAGAACAUCCCAGCUGAGCAGUCUUUCCUCAUCUAUCACUUAAAUGCAUUAAUUGCCAAGAAGGAUUCUCUGGAUCAGAAACAGGGACUCUGCCUGAUCUUUUUCUCCAAUCCAAGCUCAUGAUUAAAUAGUUGUAAUGUCCUGCUCCUGUCCUGAGGCUAAGUACAGUUUUCUUCCUGAUUGUCUAGGAUUUGACCUAAAUAGCAAAAUACUGUGGAUGCUGGACAUCUGAAAGGAGAACAAAAAGUGUCGAAACACUGGCAGCAUUUGUGGAGAGAGAAACAGUUAAUGUUUUGAGUCCCAAAUGACUUAUUUUGAAGAGUCAUAUUGGACUCAAUAGUAAUUUUUUUUCCCCACAGAUGUUGCCAGACUUGCUGUGGAUUUGACCCAAUCCUGACUAUAAAAGCAGUACCUUUUAGUGAAAAGGCAGAGGCCAAAGAUGUGUUGAGGUGUCCAAUUGACUUUAUCAUAAACCUGGAGAGAAUGUAAUGGCUUACUGUCUUAAAGUUAGAUGAGCAAUGCUAAGUAACCUCUUUCAAAAGCUGUUAUGAUUGCUGCCCCACCAUUUAGUUGGUGUACCUAUGUAUCCUUGAAUAGUUGUGAUCUGAAGCUUAACUAUUGCACAGAGUAAUUAUUGAAAUAAAAUGUUUUGUGCUGUA